AUGUCUUUUCAAGAUUCAUUGAAUAAAUCAUCUGGUAUGAAUAAUUUCAGCACAAAUAAUAAAAAAGAUCAUAAAACAAAUAAUGUUAGAAAACCAUCCAUCAUUGUUUUCAAAAAGAAAAAAUUAACUAAUUUUAAUCAUGGAAAUAUUUACGAACAUAACUUAUCCAAACCUGAUAUUGACAAUUAUGACCAAACAAAAUCAAAAGUUAGUUGCUCAAGAUGUAGAAAAUUCAAGAAGAAGUGUUCAAGAACUCUACCUGAAUGCUCGACAUGUGCUUCUUCAGAUGAGUUGUGUGUCUUCUUACCAAGAAAGAAGAAAUCAAAAGCUUCUACCACUAAUACUUCUACGUCUUCCAAAAGUCGUACUUCUUCAAGUUCUAGUUGUAAUUUGGCUACUAAUGAUUCUGAACUUACAUCUCCUUUAACAAAAAGCUCAUCUGACUGUUUGCCAUUACCCCCAAUCUCAUCAGUUCUUCCUAUUCAAAGCAGUACUCAUUUUAAUUUUACUGAUAAUAAAAGGUUAUCUUUGCCAAAUUUAAAUUCCAUUUUACUGCCUAUAGAUCCACAAGUCUCUGCUAAUAGAAACCUGAGUAUCUCCUCUAUAUCCUCACAACCAGUCAAGCAUUAUUCUUAUACUCAUGGUUCCAAUGUUCCACAAAGUCUGUUUAAAAAGCAUUCAAAUGAUUUAGACAAAAUUUUAAAUUGA